GCGCCCUCGCUCUCGCGCUCUCCUAGGCAAGCGCGCUCCCGGCCGGCGCGCUCCGGACUCCGGCUUCUCCCGGCUCCUGUCAGUGCGGUGACUGCGCUGGGAAACAUGGCGACCGAGGGAAUGAUCCUCACAAACCACGACCAUCAAAUCCGUGUCGGAGUCCUCACAGUGAGUGAUAGCUGCUUCAGGAAUCUUGCAGAAGACCGCAGUGGGAUAAAUCUAAAAGAUCUUGUCCAAGACCCUUCUUUGUUGGGUGGGACUAUAUCAGCAUACAAGAUAGUACCAGAUGAAAUAGAAGAAAUCAAGGAAACACUCAUAGACUGGUGUGAUGAGAAGGAACUUAAUUUGAUAUUGACAACUGGAGGAACAGGGUUUGCACCACGAGAUGUCACUCCAGAGAAAUUCCCAACAUUCCCAUUUUGUGGGCUCCAGAAAGGGGCCACAAAAGAAGUAAUAGAACGGGAAGCACCAGGGAUGGCCCUGGCAAUGCUGAUGGGAUCACUUAAUGUUACACCUCUGGGCAUGCUCUCUAGACCAGUGUGUGGAAUUAGGGGGAAAACACUGAUAAUUAACCUACCUGGUAGCAAGAAAGGAUCUCAGGAAUGCUUUCAGUUCAUACUGCCAGCUCUACCUCACGCCAUUGACCUUUUACGUGAUGCCAUUGUAAAAGUAAAGGAGGUGCAUGAUGAACUUGAAGACUUACCUUCCCCACCACCUCCCCUCUCUCCACCUCCUACUACUAGCCCCCACAAACAGACAGAAGACAAAGGGGUUCAAUGUGAAGAAGAGGAAGAAGAGAAGAAAGACAGUGGUGUAGCUUCAACAGAAGAUAGUUCCUCAUCUCACAUAACCGCAGCAGCUAUUGCUGCAAAGAAGUACCCAUCCUACACCAGUCCUGCUGUUUUCAUGGCACAUCAUGGGCAGCCCAUCCCUGGUCUCAUCACUUAUGCCCAUCAUGCAACAGACAGUGCAGAUGAACGGAUUCCAGACUCCAUCAUCUCUCGUGGUGUUCAGGUGCUCCCACGAGACACAGCCUCCCUUAGCACUACUCCUUCAGAGUCGCCACGUGCUCAGGCUACUUCUCGCCUCUCCACAGCUUCCUGUCCAACACCAAAACAAAUUAGACGGCCGGAUGAAAGCAAAGGAGUUGCUAGUAGAGUUGGAUCCCUCAAAGCUCGGCUUCCGUCGUGCUCAUCUACCUAUAGUGUAUCUGAGCUCCACUCUAGAUUGGAAGGGCUUAAAGAUGAACUCUGGAGGAAUAGAGGCUACGACUUAAGAGUCCAGUCCAGGUGCAGCAGCAAGGAGAACAUUCUAAGAGCCAGUCACAGUGCUGUAGAUAUCACCAAGGUGGCUAGAAGACAUCGCAUGUCUCCUUUCCCGCUGACAUCUAUGGACAAAGCCUUCAUUACAGUCCUGGAAAUGACGCCGGUGCUUGGUACAGAAAUCAUCAAUUACCGAGAUGGAAUGGGACGAGUCCUUGCUCAAGAUGUAUAUGCAAAAGACAACCUACCCCCCUUCCCAGCAUCCGUAAAAGAUGGCUAUGCUGUUCGAGCUGCUGAUGGUCCAGGAGAUCGUUUCAUCAUUGGGGAAUCCCAAGCUGGUGAACAGCCAACUCAGACAGUAAUGCCAGGACAAGUGAUGCGGGUUACAACAGGUGCUCCAAUCCCCUGCGGUGCUGAUGCAGUAGUGCAAGUUGAAGAUACUGAACUCAUCAGGGAAUCAGAUGAUGGUACUGAAGAACUUGAAGUGCGAAUUCUGGUGCAGGCUCGGCCAGGCCAAGACAUCCGACCCAUCGGCCAUGACAUUAAAAGAGGGGAGUGUGUUUUGGCCAAAGGAACCCAUAUGGGCCCUUCAGAGAUUGGUCUCCUUGCAACUGUAGGUGUCACAGAAGUGGAAGUUAAUAAGUUUCCAGUGGUUGCCGUAAUGUCAACAGGAAAUGAGCUGCUAAAUCCUGAAGAUGACCUCUUACCAGGAAAGAUUCGAGACAGCAAUCGGUCAACACUUCUAGCAACAAUUCAGGAACAUGGUUACCCCACAAUCAACCUGGGAAUUGUGGGAGACAACCCAGAUGACUUACUCAAUGCCUUGAAUGAGGGUAUCAGCCGUGCUGAUGUCAUCAUCACAUCAGGAGGUGUAUCCAUGGGGGAAAAGGACUAUCUCAAGCAGGUGCUGGACAUUGAUCUUCAUGCUCAGAUCCAUUUUGGCAGGGUUUUUAUGAAGCCAGGCUUGCCAACAACAUUUGCAACUUUGGAUAUUGAUGGUGUAAGAAAAAUUAUUUUUGCACUACCAGGGAAUCCUGUAUCAGCUGUGGUUACCUGCAACCUCUUUGUUGUACCUGCACUGAGAAAGAUGCAGGGGAUCUUGGAUCCUCGGCCAACCAUCAUCAAAGCCAGGUUAUCAUGUGAUGUAAAACUGGACCCUCGCCCAGAAUACCACCGGUGUAUACUGACUUGGCAUCACCAAGAACCACUGCCCUGGGCCCAGAGUACAGGUAAUCAGAUGAGCAGCCGUCUGAUGAGCAUGCGCAGCGCCAAUGGAUUGCUGAUGCUACCUCCAAAGACAGAGCAGUAUGUGGAGCUCCACAAGGGCGAGGUGGUGGACGUCAUGGUCAUUGGGCGGCUAUGAUGGUGGCCAACAGGAGAAAGCUUUGAUGCAUGUCCACAUAUCAUUGACUGUAUCCUGUAAUAUGCAACGGCACAGCUAGUUUUUCUGAUCUGGAUAAAAGUUGAUCUGUAUAGUCAACACCUUGAACUAUAUUUCAAAUGAAUUUAAAUACCUUUUAAAGAAAAAAAAAACACCUAAGAAUAAA